CCAUGUCACCCUGUGUCACCUUGUGUCACCCCGUGUCAUCCCAUGUCACCCCGUGUCACCCAGUGUCUCCCCAUGUCACCCCAUGUCACCUUAUGUCACCCCAUGUCACCCAUUGUCACCCCAUGUCACCUUAUGUCACCCUGUGUCACCUUGUGUCACCCCAUGUCACCCAUUGUCACCCCGUGUCUCCCCAUGUCACCCAGUGUCACCUUGUGUCAUCCCAAUGUCACCCAUUGUCACCCCCGUGUCACCCCGUGUCACCUUAUGUCACCCCAUGUCAUCCCAUGUCACCCUGUGCCACCCAGUGUCUCCCAUGUCACCCAAUGUUACCUUGUGUCACCCAGUGCCACCCAUUGUCACCCCAUGUCACCCUGUGUCACCUUGUGUCACCCAUUGUCACCCCGUGUCACCUUAUGUCACCCCGUGUCACCCAGUGUCUCCCCAUGUCACCCACUGUCACCCUGUGUCACCCCAUGUCACCCACUGUCACCCUGUGUCACCCCAUGUCACCCUGUGUCACCCCAAUGUCACCCCGUGUCGCCCUGUGUCACCUUGUGUCACCCAGUGUCUCCCAUGUCACCCACUGUCACCCUGUGUCACCCAGUGUUACCUUAUGUCACCCUGUGUCACCCCGUGUCACCCAUUGUCACCCCGUGUCACCUUAUGUCACCCCGUGUCACCCCAUGUCACCCAUUGUCACCCUGUGUCACCCCAUGUCACCCAUUGUCACCCUGUGUCACCUUGUGUCACCCCGUGUCUCCCCAUGUCACCCAGUGUCACCUUGUGUCACCCCGUGUCACCCAUUGUCACCCCAUGUCCCACCCCCGUGUCACCCAUUGUCACCCAGUGUCACCCCAUGUCCCACCCCCGUGUCACCCAUUGUCACCUCAUGUCACCUAGUGUCACCCCGUGUCACCCAUUGUCACCCCAUGUCCCACCCCCGUGUCACCCAGUGUCACCCCCGGUGUCCCGCCCCCAUGUCACCCAUUGUCACCCAUUGUCCCCCGGUGUCCCGCCCCCGUGUCACCCAUUGUCACCCAUUGUCCCCCGGUGUCCCGCAGGGUCCCCGACUGGCACGUGCUGGAGGUGGAGGGUCCCCGACUGGCACGUGCUGGAGGUGGAGGUGA